ACUUCCUCAGCCAUGCCCGAACUAAUUUAAAUACAUGUAAAUAUAUUAUAAUAAUAUUAAAUAAAAUGCGGAAUUAAGGUGUAUAAUCCGGUAUCGUGCUGAGAAAGAAAAUAAUUUUAUACAGCAGUGAAAAACCUGAAUCAUCGCCGAAAUUAGAAUCAUUGGUAAAAUGGAUAUGAAAGCAGGCGUUGACAGCUUUAAAUAUGAUGAUGUUGCCAUGGAGAGCCACGUACAUCACCAUGUACCAUCACAUCACGAGUUUGACGCUAUUGAUGUGGACCAUAAACACAACAUGAUGGACGGGUCACGUGACAGUUCUAAUGGUCACAAUAUGCAUAAUAUGCAGAUGCACACUAACACGUUUUCCCUGCUGACAGAAACAGAUUUUCUUAUAGAAGAUGUCAGCAUUGCAUGUGUUGGAGGAAUCAUCCUUGCAAUGAUCUUCACUAUAGUGAUAACUGUAUCACACGAUGUUUUAAAGGUUGUUUUGCAUCAAUGGGAGCUUCGGCAGGGAGAUUUAAAAGACAAAACAACUCAAAAGAGAAAAGAAAAGGUGAACCAUUUUGUGAGGGCAAUUGUUCACUUGAUGUCUGUAAUCCUUGCCUACCUGACAAUGUUAUGUGUAAUGACAAUGAACGUGUGGUUAUUUAUAUCAGUUGUAUUUGGUUCGGGAAUCGCCCACUUACUCAUCAGACCUAUACUAAUCUCAAAACUACAUCAAAAUACAGGAGGUAUUAUAAAACAUGAAGUUGUCGUGGAAGGAGAAGAUCUAUUACAUGAAGAUAGUAACGAAGAUAACGGAUAUCCACUAACAGACUGCUGCCAAACCGUGCCCAUAGUAACCGCAGCACUCUUGAACAACGACACGAAAAACGUUUAAGUUUGCAAAGUAUUUCGUUUGUGUGUUUUCUUCUCAAACUGUAUCACGUUUAUUGUUGUCCCUAUGAGAAUGAGCCAGGGACUAUGUUAAUGUUUAUAAAAUAUACAUUUCGUCCCUUUAUCCAUCUACAUCGAGUUAUAUACAAGCAGACAAAAAAUUCUUCUAUUUUAACGUCUUCACAUUAUACGUUUUUAUGUUGGUAUGUUUAUAAUGAUUUCAAGUGUGGUAAUGUAUAGUGCUGCUUGUUUGUAAUAUUAGGCCUGUUACAAUAACAUACCUGUUUAUUUAUAAAACACCUUGAAACAAAUAAUGGACAUUAUUGUUUAUCAUGAUUUACACUGAUUCUUUAAAAAGUUUCGUAGUUUAUAUUUCUGUUAAAAUGUUAUCAAUCCUGGUUUGAAUAACAUCUUUUUAAAAUAGUGUGUUAAAGUUGUCACAAUUUGAUAUCACAGUAUAUUGUGUUUGUAAAGGU